CCGUUUACCAGCGAGGGGGCUGGCCUGACGGAGCGGACUACAUUUCCCAUGAGGCUUCGCGGGACGCGGCAGGAAAUGCGUCAUCCUCGGUGGCCGCGGGAAGGCGCUCGGCAGCUCCCCAGCAUGGCGGCGGUGCAGGCGCUGCGGGCGGGGGCACGGCGGAGGCCGGGGCUCGGCCCCGCGGGACUCAGAGCGUUCUGGGGCGGCCGCAGCAGGAAGGAGGAAAGAGAGGUGGAAGCCGACCGAGCAGUUCCUGAGAAGGAGGAGAGGAGCAAGCCCAGUCUGAUCUGUCCCCUGCCAGGCAGCCAGAGUUACCUCCCUCCCGAGGGCCUGCAGAGCUGCCUCGAGUCCCACGUCAGGGAGGUCUUUGGGCCCUCUCUUCCUGAGGACUGGCAGCAGACUCCCCUGCAGGAGAACAGGCUGAAACAUCGCCUGCUGGCCCGGCUGGCAGCAGAGCUGGGACACGCUGUCCCCAACUCCCAGCUGCACCAGAUGCGCCAUGCCGGGGAUGUCCUGGCCUUCUAUCGCACCCCCGUGAAGGACGGGAGCAAGAUCGAUGAACUCACGGCCACAGAGCUGCCCCCGAACCUGAAAAUCAUCUGGCAGCACUGAGUCCCGCCAUGGAGCAUCCCUGUGGUGCCUGGCUUGUGCUGCAGGGCAACAGCAGAGCCCUCUCAUUGGGGUGAAAUCUGUGAAUUUCACUAAUAAAGGUUCACUGAAAUCUCUUCACUCAGUAGAAGUCUCCAACAGCCCUAUAAAAUCAGCUGCUAUUGAGGCAUCUUGUCCAAUUCUACAGCGUCUGUUAAGAGUGUGUUGAGUUUUUUAAGUUCUUAAAUUAAAGGUGUUAG